AUGCCGGCAGAAACCCCAACGACGGCGACAGAAGGCGGUAGAUUCUCCACUCUGCACCCAGAUAUAAUAAAAUACCACGUCCUCACCCGCCUGGACGGACCCUCCCUCGGCUCCGCCGCCUGUUGCUCCUCCACCCUCCGCCACCUGUCCUUUUCCGACGACCUCUGGUCCUCCAUCUGCCGCUCCACGUGGCCGUCCACCGCCUCCCCUCGGCUGAGCCGCCUCAUCUCCACCUUCCCAGGCGGCGGCGCCCGCGCCUUCUUCUCCCAGGCCUACCCCAUCCUCUCCGACGCCGGACGCCGCAACGGCCGGCCGCCGCCGCCGGAGCUGAUCUCGGCCGUCGACAUACACUUCAACGGCGAGCUGAUAUUCUCGAAGGUCCAGGAGACGGAGACCGAUUCCGACUGGUUCCGGUGCUCGCCGUUCAGGGUCGACCUGCUGGAGCCCAAGGACGCCGUCCCCACUCCGAUCAGGCUCCCGGCGGCGGCGGAGGAGGACUGCGCGGAGGUGGCCGGCGGCAUGACGCUGAGCUGGAUCCUAGUGGACCCAGCCGGGGGCCGGGCGGUGAACCUGUCGUCAAUCCGGCCGGUGGGGGCGCGCCGCCACUGGCUGACCGGAGAGGUGCAGGUCCGGUACUUGUCUGUGGUGGCGGCGGCGCACGUGCAGUGCGGGGUGGUGGUCACGUGCGGGGAGAAGGAGGGCGGCGGAGGGUUGGUGCAGGUGAGGGAGGUGAGCCUGGAGAUGGAGGAUGUGGACGGGACGCGCCUGAACGGGAGGGACAGUUUGAUCUUUCUGCAGGGGGCGCUGGAUGGGGGAAGGGGGACGGGGAGGAAUCGUGUGGAGGAGGGUCUACGGAGGUACGGUGAGUACGUGGAGAUGAGGAGAGAGAGGAGAGAGAGACGGAUGAGGAGGGAAGGGGUGAUGGACGUACUGUGUGUCGCGUUUGGGGUGUGCGCUUUCCUCUUGUUUUGCUGUUUUCUUGUGUGCGGAUAG